ACAUAAACUCGAAACAGACUGUCUCUUCAGUUUAUUCACUCGGCAGAGUAUAACUACCAAACUCCCAAAAUGUCAGGUCGCGGCAAAGGCAAAGCUAAGGGCACCAAGUCCAAGACUCGUUCAUCCCGUGCAGGGCUUCAGUUCCCCGUCGGUCGUAUCCACCGUCAUCUUCGCAAAGGCAACUACGCCGAGCGUGUUGGUGCUGGCGCCCCGGUCUACAUGGCCGCCGUGCUCGAGUACCUGAGCGCUGAGAUCCUCGAGUUGGCCGGCAACGCUGCCCGCGACAACAAGAAAACCAGGAUUAUCCCCCGUCACUUGCAGUUGGCAGUCAGGAACGACGAGGAGUUGAACAGGCUGCUCCACGGUGUCACCAUCGCUCAGGGUGGCGUGCUACCCAACAUCCAGGCUGUUCUUCUGCCCAAGAAGACCGAGAAGAAGGCCAAGGCAUAAGAAGUGUCUACUGCUACACAAAACAACGGCUCUUUUAGGAGCCACCAACUGACACUGAAGUCAUGCCAUUUAUGCUAUCUUUUAUGCUCCAUUUCAGUCACAUUCAUACAAACAAACACAGACUCUGAUAAAAUUCCAACAUAAUUAUUUUUGCCGUAUAACUCUUAGGGUUAUCCUAUUACUAAAGAUUAUUGGUGAAUAAGAAAGAUAAUUCCAUCUCACAUAUAUAGCUUACGUUCUAUAAAACGUUUCCACCAGCCAUAUAUCGUCGCCGCCUAAUUAUAGAGGUCUUCGGAUCUCAGUUAACAUACCUGGGUGUACAUUGCCCGUUAAAAAAACGACGCGCUAAAAAAGCCCGCCAAAAUUCGAAUAGGUUUAAUAACUGCCAUGAC